AUGAAAGUGGCAGUUAUUGAGCACACGGAGUACUUGUUUGAGUUGUUGACGCUGGCCUUUUAUAAUCGCUGCACCAUGCAAGAGUCAAAUUGCUAUGAAGACCCGCCCACCGAAUCGAUCCCCGUCCCGACCUUCUUUCUGGAAGCCGUCAGCGAUAUUGUGAGUCUGCUGUCUACGGCCAAUAAAGAGAACGGUGAUUUGAAGGAUGAAUUUUGGCGGGAAUUGAUUGAGUGGGGUCUCAGCCGCACAACGUACGAAGCUGUGUUCCAAAAUGCACCCGACACGGCUGCACCGAUCUCCGAAUUGUUAUCCCAAAGCUCUUCCGUGGGUAAAAGCCCACAGAUUCCAUCGCGUCUACAGAUGUCGAAUAUGGAGCACGAGUUUCGUCUGCUGGAGGAUGACAUGAUGAUGGCCGACAGCGAGACUGGCCAUGAGCCUUCCCCAGGACCGAAUUCCAUUCAGGACGGCAUCACGAGUUCGUUGAAAAAGGACGGCGAUGAGCCGCACAUGAUGGGAAGUGAUCGUAGUCUUCGUCCAGUGGCUGCUCGGAAAUCGGUUCAGCAGUUCCACAUCCCCUAUGACCAUCCCUAUCACAUGUCGGGUUCCAAGCGGAAAUCCACAGUGCCGACUAAAAGCGCGCGGUCACCUGAGAUUGAAGUUCCUUCUCGGUCUCUGGAUUAUUCGCUGUCAAACAUCCAACCGCUAAAGAUCAGUCUUCCGCGUAUGAAUGGCCAUCCUAGCGGCACGAAAGUGAAGAAGGAAUCCGCCGCCGAUAAUUUCAACAUGCCGCCGGCUGUCCCUAUCCCCUCCGCCCGUCCCAGCCAGGAUCAUAUCUACCAGAGUGAGAUGCUGACCAAGAUGAUCCAGCCCAAGACGUCCCGGCAGAGCAGUGUGGAUACGCAUUCCGGAAUGUAUCAGUGCCUCCAGUGCCACAAUUACGGUUCUUCGGAUCUGUCGGUGAUGAAAGAUCACAUCCGGGAACAUCUGGGAUUAUGUCCGUUCCAGUGCUACCACUGCCAUCGGGCCUUCACGUGUAUGCGGGCGUUCAAGGCCCAUGCGGACACACUGGGUAUUCCGUACUUCCAGUGUGUGGUGUGCACAUGGCAGACCUGCGACGAAGCCGACAUGCACCGACACACGCAGGAUGAGCAUCUCGAGCUGCCGAAAUGCCGGCGCGAGGACCUGUAUGAGCUGCUGCAUUUUUAUAAGAUCGAUUCGGAUCUCAAGUCCUGGGAUGAUUAUGUUGGAACCGGCAGCAGUGUGGGCAAGCAGUCGGGGAGUAGUAUCGGUGGGAAGAGCCGGCUGGAAACGGUCAUGAACGGGAGUGCCAAAAAAUGAUGGAUGUUGUUGGGGGUUUUACAGUUUACGGAUUGUUUUUUCUGAUUUUUUGUUGCACCGGGUCUCAUGACGGAAGGAUGCUCAGGCUGAUUCACUGAUAUAGGCCACAGAACAGUUAUAUUACUUUAACGUGGAUGUGGUUUGUACAGAUUUCGUAGGUGUUUCGGUGAUUUUUUGAUUGGUGCUGUUUUCCUGUUUAGACUUGAUUAUUUUGCUUUUUUGUUACAUUCGGUGAUGGUUUCUUACGUAAUGAGGUUUUUCUACGGUUACACAGCUUCCGACUAUGAUUUUGUUACUUUUCGAUUAUUGUUUCUUCUCUCGGGAGGCGUCUCGAUUAUUUGCAGUACGAUGACUUGUACUGGUUGUUGGUCUUACGGUCUUACCUAAUAAAAUUCGUAAUAGCGAACAA